AUGCCUGGCCUGCAACGCCUCUUGCGCACGCUGGCCGUCAAGCAGAUGAAUUGGCUGUGCACGCUGCCCUUCGAGAUGGUGGCGCUCUGGCAGCUGCUGUCCGACGGCCGGCACGGCUUCUUCGCCACCUCGCUCCUGCUGUAUCGCCACGGUGGUCUGGGGAUGUUCUACCGCGGCUUGCGGUUGUCCCUGCUACUCGCCGUGAACCCAGCUAUAAUGAGCGUGGUCAUCAACCUCAAGCUGCGCGUGGUCUGGUGGCUGAAGAUCAGCGCGGGCCCCGAGGCGGACCGCGAGCCCGACAUCGGGGCGGGAGUGGUCGGCGCCGUGGCCGCGCUGUCGAAGGUGCUGACGCUGUCGCUCACCUACCCGCUGAUCCGGGUGAAGGUCGUGCAGCAGACCAGCCCGACUCUGCAGACGAGGCGAGUCAGGGAAAUCCUGCACGCGGUCGUCAUGGCGGAAGGGUUCUCUGGACUCUACAGGGGCUUCCUGCCAAUGAUCUACCAGACCCUGCUUCACAACUCGAUGAUGACUCUGCUGAAUUACCAGAUGCGGCCAUGGAGGAUCUCGACGCCGCCGCCCUCGCCGCUCCCGGAGCACGCCGCCCACUGGCUGCUGCGGAAGAUGCCCCGGCGCCGCGGCCUGACGCCCUUCGCCCGGGAGCCCUUCCCCGCCGACAUCCUGGUGCAGCGCAUGGACCACAUCAUGGAGCAGUGGAAGGACCGCAGGGAGAGGAGGUGCUCGGGCGCCGGUGCGUCGGCGCUGAAGCACAGGGCGUGCCCCGAGGCGGAGGAGCACUCCUUCGUCCUGCGGACGCCCCAGAAGGCCGACGAGCAGCUCCCCGGGCGGCCCGAGGGGCCGGCGCGGGCGCGCCCUGGCGCGCUCGCGGGCGGCGAGGAGCGCGAGGAGCCCACCACGAUCGUGAUGCUGACGCCCCAGGGCAACGUCCUGCAGGGGGAGCCCAUGCAUCGGUCGAGCAAGGCGGACACGACGCCGACGCCGUGA